AUGGCAGCCGCGCAAGUCUUGAGCACUCCCGAGCUGGUCUCGUCAAUUUUCCAAUGUCUUGAAGAACAAGAGAAACAAUUGCUGGUGUCCCGCGAAAACCGAAGAACUCUGCUAAACGCAGCUCUUGUGAACAAAACAUGGUUCGAGGCAGCCACAAAUGUCCUCUGGACCUACGAACAAUUUUCUGGACCGGGACUCGAAGAUUUUGAAGCAAUCGAGCCCGCCCGACGUCAAAUAUACGCCUCGAAAUUACAAUCAGUUCAACUGCAGGACGAUUCGGAUGAUGGAGAGAUUACCAGAUCGUUGUUAUUCUCUCGACUGAAGAACGUGUCUGUCAGUCAGCUUGGCUACGGUGGUGGUCCAACGAUGGCCAUCCUCAAGCGAUGGCUUGUCCCGUCGAUUGAGUCGGUGAAUUUCUGGAACUGGAGUACUGGAUUUGACAAAAGCUUCCUAAAGACUCUGGGAUCUCAAUGUCCUCACCUUCGCUCAAUCGCUUUGGAAAGAGUGAACAGUGGGAUAUCCUCGCAGGAUCUCAACAAUUUCUUCCGCAACUCAUCAUUGGAAAGCAUCAGGCUGUACAUGGAAGGCAUGCCGAACGAGAAAGUCUUGGUCAAUGAUGAGCUACUCUCGACAUUAUCCGAACUGAAAGGUCUAAAAUCACUGAAUGUGAUAUCACGAGUCGGUCUUGAAGUUGUUGAAAGCGUUCUUUCCAGACUCAGUCCGACAGGCUUCCAAGAUCUACGCAAGGUACAUCUCAUGCUCGAACGACCGGCUGUUGAGACUGCUUUCAAGAUUUUCAAGAAUGCCUCGAAGGUCUCCUUCAACAUCGCCAGUUGGGAUGAUGAGAAGAUGUCGAUGUUCACGACAUUAAAGCACAUGAAAAACCUCAAAGAGCUAUCAAUUGCAUUUGAAGCCACUAGAACAUACCUACAUGGCAAAGACCUGUUUUGGUUGAGCGCAUUGAAGCAAUUGAAGAAGUUGAACAUAUCCCCCAGACAACCUGGACACGACAAGAUCAUUCUAGAUUCCUUCGCAGAUGUAGAUCUUCAAGUCAUCUUCAGCGGCCUACCACAACUACAACAUCUAGGCUUCCUACUCGACGUUGAUUUCCCGAUUGAGGCUUUGAAGAGAUUAUCACGUUCUUCUCCUCAACUCGAGGAAGCCAAUUUCUCCAAAUCCUGGGAUCUGAAGGGCUUGGAAGAUGUGCCUGGCUGUCUGUUCCCAGAGCUGCAAAUCCUGUCGCUCUAUAAGCCAUACAUCAGUACCACGACAAACAUCAAACCUGGCAAACUAGCUCGAAGCCUCUGCCAACACAUGCCAAAACUUAGAGACUUGAACUUUGAGAAGGAUCGUGAGGAUAGGGUGCUUUGUGCUUGGGAGAAGUUGAGUGGGAGGAAAUCAUUGAUUGCGGCGACAAAGAAGAGGGAGAGUCAGAUCUUGUUGAGAGAGUUGAUGUUGCAACAUGGAGGAAACAUAAAGAUGAUGUCGGGCUUUGGACAACCUAUGUAG